UUUCCAAAGGAUCACCCAUGGCAGUUGAAGCACUAGCAGGGUUAGCAUCUCGGGAGAACUUCUCAGCCGUGGCACUGAAGAAAGUUGAAAGCACACCAGUAAUUCGGGAGAUGGCCCCUUACACCGCAUUAAUGCUUUUGCAAGUCAAGGGCCGGCGUCAUGCUCAGACAAGAUUGGUUGAACCCAUAGUCUCUAGUGUGAACCAGGGAGAUGACUUCAUUCUAAUAACACCCACAGAUGUAUAUCACUAUAAGGGAGAGUUUGCCAAUGUUAUUGAAAGAGCAAAAGCUUCUGAGAUUGCUCAGUAUAUUUUGCAGAAGAAAGAUAUGGGCGUUGUUUCUGCUAAGAAUCUAAUGGAAAUCGAUGAAAAUUCUCCAAGUGGAAAAAAAUCAAAAUUCUGGGAAUUACUUGGUGGUGAUGAAACGAGUGAAGGCGUACCAGGGGGCAUGCCUGAUGAGGAUGAAUAUGUGGAGGCAGCACUUGUGGCAGUGAACAAGGUGUAUGAAGUUCACGAUGACUCACUUGUGCCUGUUACUGAUUCCUGGGGUCAGAUGCCAAAAAUAGAAAUACUUGUAUCUGAUAAGGUACUAGUGUUUGAUUUUGGCUCAGAGUUGUACAUAUGGGCGGGUAAGCGUGCCUGUGGUGAUGAGCGUAAAGUUGGUCUUGCGUUAGGUCGGGAGUUAUGGGAAGAGCCGUACGAUUACUCUGAGUGUGACAUCAACCCCAUCAUGCCUAUGACCCCAGUAUCAAAGGCAAAGAUGAAAGGUUCUCGGCCAGAAUGGGGCCUGUGUGCCAAACUUACAGAAAAUGUAGAAACUAUCCUUUUCAAAGAAAAGUUCAUCGACUGGCCUGAUCUAGCACAACAGUCGAGGAUAAAGGAGGUGAAGAAGGACCUUAAUCGUCAUGUAGCUCCUGUAAGUGAGCUACAGCCUUGUGAUGCCAAAGUGUUGUUAGAAGACUUACCACCUGAACCUGACCUGGUGCUGGAAAUGAGUCACUUGGGUCGCGGAGUGGAAUACUACGAUGAGGAGGAGAGACGACUCUUGAGCAUUUCUACGAAUGAUUACAAGGUCUGGCAUGUGUCAGAAUACGGCAAAAUUUUGAUGGCUGCAGAAUCCCGCAAUCACCUACAUGCUGGUGAUACAUAUGUUGUACGAUGGUACUACCUAAUCACGGCAACUGGCAGAACUCUCAAGGGUGAACCAUCCAAGCAUAAUGUGACGGGUAGGUCACGAGUGGCAUACUUCUUCUGGCAGGGGCGCGAAAGCUCUGUGUCAGAUAAAGGUGUCUCAGCUCUCAUGACGGUAGAAUUAGAUGAAGAACGUGGCCCUCACAUUCGUGUGUCUAUGGGUAUGGAACCACCAGCAUUUCUCAAUCUGUUUCAAGGUGGACUUGUAAUACAUCAAGGACGCAGAGAUGAUGAUCAUGUACAUAAGCCUUGGAAAUUAUUUGUUGUUCGUGGAGAGCUGGAGAAUGAAGGGCACUUGAUCGAGGUGGAAGUAAGCUCAACACAAUUAAGGUCCCGAGGUUGCCUUAUCUUAGCCAAUAUGCAAACAGGUGUUAUCCAUUUAUGGCAUGGUGCCAAAGCUUUGAAACACACUCGCAAGGUUGGCAGCACAUCAGCUCAAAAACUCUCUGAAACCUCAGACAUUGAAAUGGGGUGGAAGGAAAGUGUCACAAAAAAUAUCAAGGAACAAUACGAGGGAGCUGAAACACGAGAUUUUUGGGAAGGUUUUGGAGGCUCAUCUUUCAAACAUAAACAUUUUUCGCUCUUAGAUGAUGAUCAUUCUUAUGACUGGACUCCACGUGUAUGGCAUUUAGAAGCCACUCAUGACUCUUUCCAAGCCACAGAAGUGAUAUGUAGUUACCGGACCACUUCCUUGCCCAACCCAUUACCUGUCUUGCAGCUAGACUUGUAUUCUGUACCUCAGCCAGCACUGUUUUUGGUGGAUGGUGGUCACCGAGUGUGGGUGUGGCAAGGAUGGUGGCCUGAUGAGACUUCAGAAGGGGAGGACUUCAGUGCAACUGGUUCUGCUGUGCUGCGCUUCAACUUUGCUCGCCGAGCUGCCUUACAAACAGCACUCAAUUACUGCAAACUUAAGGCUAAAACCCAAGCCAAGGCCUUGGCAGCAAAAAGUUAUAAAAAGGUUGAAGUUGAGGUUCAAGUGGUGAAGCCCCAGCUUGUGGUUGCAGGGAUGGAACCAUUAGAAUUUACCAAUACGUUUCCAACCUGGACACUCAGACCAGACGUCACUGCUGUCCAAGAGAAGGAAGGAAGGUGGAAGCAAGGUGGCCAAUAUUUGGUGUCAGACAUCCUAGCCCAGCUCUCCCGUACUCAGUACUCCUUAGCUGAGCUAAUGGUUAAACCAUUACCAGAUGGUGUUGAUCCUCUCCAUCUUGAGAUAUAUCUCAAUGAUGAGGAAUUUAAUAAAGCUCUUGGCAUGAGCCAUGAUGAAUUUUACAGCUUGCAGAAUUGGAAACAGACAGAAUUAAAGAAGAAAGCUAAAUUAUUCUAGUAGAAUUUGGUGAAUAAAGUAGUCAAGAAUGAAAAUGUUGUCAGGGGCAGUCAUUGGUGGAAUAAAAUAGGGAGGUCAUUGGUAACAAUCUUGCUUAUUUAAACAAAAUUUAGUCAAAUUUAUCCCAAGGACACAAGUGAGUACUGAUGUAAAUAAAUUUGUGAAUAAUAUAAUGUUAAGCUUGAAAAUUUAUUGCAACUAAAGAUUUUAACAUGGUCUGGAGCUUUAACUUCUCUUAAUGUACAUAGGAUGUGAUAUAAUGUGGCAAAUAUUUUACAUUGAUAUGAUUGUGCUGUUCUUCCACUUCGGUACUGAAAUGUAUACUAAAGUACGUAUGUAGUCUGGUGAACACAUUCAGCCUUUAACUGUACAUAAAAAAAUUAAGUUUGCAUAAGGCUUGUGUGGCUAAAAUGAAUCAGUGUUCAUGAAAGUUGGGGGGAAGGGGGGGCUGAAAGAGGAUUCCCAUCCAUCCCCCUCUCCUUUCACUUAUGGCAACUGUUCUAUGUGCCUUUCCACAUGCUAGCAUGCAUUUGUCUGCCAAAUCUUAAGUGUCUUCUGCGUAGUCUAAGGUGUCAUAUUAAUCAAUUUUGACACCCCCCUCCUCCAGGUACCUCCAGGCAACAGACACCUCCAGUAGUGGCCUGAGUUUACCAUGCCAGCCUUACUUAAAGGACAUUCUGGUGUUCUGAUAUUAGUCCUCCAGACAAAAGUUUUAGGGCCCAAUUGCCCACUCAAGUGUUGAGGUGAUGCCUGUGCCUUGCAAUUCUUUUGGUUCUCCUUUGCGAAUUUCACAAAUGACCGCUCUCCAGUAGUCAAACCAACGCAAGUCUAGUCCCAAUCCUGGUAUACAAGAUGUAUGAGGUUUAUGGUCUGAAUUCUGAAAUUUCAAUACUCUCAUUUUACAUUGUAAUAAAAAAAUCCUGUAUUGCACUGUUAAAUUUAGAAUUCAGACUUCACGGGAAAGUACAUGCCAAGUCUUCCCCUUCCUGUUGUAACAGUGGGGGGGGGGGGGGCGGCAAAGUACUGUAUCAUAAGAAUCCUGUGGUGCCUCCAGUUUGUACAUAACUGAUGCAUUUGUAUCCUAUAUUAUGCUGACCUUUAUGGAUAUACUAUGUGUUUUACUGCUCUUGCAAAUGGUUAUACUAUAGUCCUGUAAAUAUAAUAAGCCUCUUUUGUAAUUUUGCUACUUUGUGACAUGUACAGUAUUUCCCUUUAGUGUCGGCACGUAACCCGGUAAAUGUCCCCCUGGCGCUACCAAGCUUAUAGAAACUUGUAUGUUAGGUUAGUGAUUCUCAUUGUGCAACUCGGCUUGGUUUUGUGAUAACUUCAUUCUCAAUGAAACCAAGUAAAGAAGUGUUAUACAAGUUAAAUUUUUUACUAUAGGGCUUCAUUCAGUCUUAGCUUUAUAUACAGUAUUUAAAACAUUUUACAUAUUGUAUAACAAGUUAUUUAAUUACUAUCAUAAGAAAUUUGCCAUUGUACAGUUUCCAUUUUUUUUGUUUUUCUAGAUUCUCAAUGUGACUGCCCAAGCCAAAGACCCAUUGGCAGUCUAGGUGAUGGGGUUUUGCUCACCUUUUGAGGGAGUACUUAAUCAUUAUUUGACAGCCAAUACUAAAUAUUCUGGAGUCUUUUAUUUUUAUAUAUAACUAUGUUUAAUAAAUUAUUGGAUAUAUACCGUAUCCCCUCAAGGGUUUAAGAUCAUGACAAAUCAUGAUUACUAAAAUGUUUAACCUCUACAAGUUACUAGCAUUUUAUGCAGUAAUUUUGCCAAUAUAUGGUACAGUACAUAAAAUUUGGCACAUUUUUGUAAUUAGUGGUUUCAUUAACCACACUUAAAAUGUACAUAGAAAUUUUCAUGUAAUUUAUGCUAAAUACAUGUGUCUUUCCACUAUAAAA